AUAAAAGCUUGUUUUGGUUCUAUCUGAAACCAGUUAUAUGUUGCAGGGCAAGCUAUGAAAACAUCUCUGCCCUUAUUGUUCAAGCAGUGGUGUGGCAUAAUUGCAAUAUUAUAUCAGCUGUUGCUCUUUGCACCAUUUUCAUGCGAUGACAGCUCAGUUGUGACAUGAGCUGCCUUAUGUUGACCCCAUCAUACUGUAACUGCAGGCACAUUUAUUACCAGAUCACAACAGAGAGAAUAAUCAUGUAUCUCUCAUUAGGAUCAUAAAGUCCCCUGGAAGCACAUUUGGAAAGAUCCUGCAAGUGAAACAUUCCUCUUGAGUGAGAGGAAAAACACCCAUCAAGGAUAUCAUAAAUCUUUUUGUGAAAUCGACACAGUAAUUCUUGCAGAGGAGCUGAAGUCGGUGAGCAGGACGCUGUCAGAAUGAUGACCCAAGAAGACGGGGACUAUGUAAACGACACUUAUGAAUACAUGGAUUAUGAAUAUGUAGAGGAGACCAAGGCUGGAGGCUACACUCAGAGAGAAGCUCUUCACAUCAUAUCAGUGAUUAUCUACAGCCUGGCGUUUACUCUGGGUGUAAUUGGGAAUGGCAUGGUCAUCUGGGUGACCGCCUUCAAAAGCAAACGGACUGUGAACAGCAUUUGGCUGCAGAAUCUGGCCAUCGCCGACUUUGUGUUUGUGCUUUUCCUGCCAUUCUCCAUUGACUACGUGCUGCACGACUUUCACUGGCUCUUCGGGAAGACCAUAUGCAAGCUGAACUCAUUCGUGUGCACCAUGAACAUGUACGCCAGCGUGCUGUUUCUGACCGUCCUGAGUUUGGAUCGCUACAUCUCACUGGUCCACCUGAACUGGUCGGAAAGGUACCGAAACGUCCGGAGGGCCUGGUGGGUGUGUGCACUGAUUUGGAUCACGUCCUGCUGUCUAAGCUGUCCGGCCUUGAUAUUCCGUGACGUAAUCCAGCAUAACGGGAAGGUUGUGUGUUUUAAUAACUUUCACGAUGAGAGCAAGCACAUGGUAGCGGUGAGGCACAUUGCGAUGGUGUCGCUGCGCACCGUCGUGGGCUUUCUGCUUCCGUUUGCAACCAUCACCAUCAGCGGCGUUCUGCUGGCUAUUAAGAUGCGCCAGUCCAACUUCGUACGUUUGACCAGCUUUUCCAGAACCGUCUCUGCUGUGAUUCUAGCUUUCUUCCUAUGUUGGGUGCCGUUUCACACGUUCAGCCUAAUGGAGCUGAGCAUGCAUCACACCACCUACCUGCACUCCGUGCUCAUCGUGGGCUUCCCACUCGCCACCAGCCUGGCCUUCUUCAACAGCUGCGUCAACCCGAUUCUGUACGUACUACUAACCAAGAAGGUGCGUAAACUGGUGAGGAGGUCAUGUUUGAACUUCACCAAGAGCUCGCUGAGGGAGCUGAGUCAGUCUGUAUCUGCGACGGAGUUAGAAUCAGCACUGCCCAGCAGCUCUCCUGAAGAAACCACGGCCAACUCCUCCGUCUGAUGUGCUCAGCGAUCACCUCAAACGCACCUGAACUCAACAAACUUUGAGCUUUUUUUUUUUUUUAAAUAUAACUUCUAGAGCUUCAACUGGACUAAAAAUAUAUUUUGACAAACUGGUUGGGAAAUACUGGCUUUCAUUCCUUAUU